AUGAAUGCGUUAGUAUUAGAUGUUUAUCGAGUGAUUUACUUGUUGGUUGGUUUGUGUUUGGUUUGGUGUAGUACAAGUAGUGAUUCUGAAGAAGUUUGUGCGCAUAUAGGCGAACACGCGCUACAGCAAAUCAAUAGAAUAGUAAAGAUGACCAUGCAUUUCCUUAACUUGCAUAUAUCCCAUGAAGACCGAAUAUUCGUAAUCAAGAAUCACAACAUAGGCCAAUGCAUUGCUAAAGUGGUAGAAUCAAAAGGACAUAUGGACCAGAACUUAACCCGAACCAACAACGACUAUUUCGGCCCACUUAUGAAGGAGUAUGAACGUAUAAUAGAUCACUCGCCAUCUCUAGUGGUUAGAGAAGUGCUAAUACAGAAAAGUGCCGCGAUAAUAGCCCAGAAACUAUUAGGCUACAUAAAUGGCUGUCUUGAUGGUAAGUGUGUGCAUAGCGAUAAACUUAAUGAAAUAUCGAAUGUAGUAACUCGGGUGUUACAACUGAGCACGAUUAAGCUUGAUCAUACGACUCUAGAAACACAACUGCAAUCAACUAAACUCAAGCGAACAGCAACAGAGAUAGAGGAAAAAAUAGCCAAGAUUGAAAUCGAAGUAAUCAGACUAGCCAAAGGCUACGAUUCCAAUGCAUUAUACGAGCGAUACAACGAAGCCGAGAAAGAAGAAGAAGAACUAACUCAAUUACUGAAAAAGGACGGUCUUACAACAAUACUCGAACUACUCCAAAAAUCGGAAGAGAAUGUAAGAAACAGAGCAUCUAAAGAUAGGCGGGAAAUCGUAGAUAGAGUAGAAGCAGUUAUAGACGCUAUACGCCCAAAACUAAACAAAUUAAAGAGAGAUGAUCAGUCCGUAAGUAAUAUUAGCGAAUCCGAUUGGGCGAUCUUCGAAACGAUAUCCCAACAGAAGAGACAUAAAGAAAAGAGGGCCCUAAAAGUAACUUAUCUUAAGUCCAUAAGAUCACAACUAUUCAGCAUAAUGGACCAAUUAAAUAACUCCCAAGUAAGUUAUCUUACAAUUUGCAGUAAGGAAUCAAAUGACAUUCAAUACGAUCUAGCAGCUUGUGAUCCCGAUCAUCUUAAUCUUGGGUUAGAUGGAGAAGGUUGUACAAUUGAUUUAACCGAUGAGCAAGGAAGGCUUCUUAAGAAGUUGCAAAAAAGCACAUCAUGCAAUGGUUCUGCCCCUGUUUGUAAAUUGUUUGAUGCCAACGAAGUUAAUAAUAUCAGAACGUAUGA